CUUCCGUAGUCACAUGAAUGGGUUGUUGUGGUUGUUUUAGUUCAUUUUUUACACCAUGUAGCUGCAGUCCUGGUCGUGUUUUCGUCGCCUUUCUUUCUUAUAACAUACGAUUCGUCCGCUUCUAAAUCUUUCCAGAAACAGUGAAGCGAGAGUGUUUCGGGUUUCUCGGUUAGUCUGAUGAUUGGUGAAGAAUUUCUGCUUCUGCAGCCUAAACUAGACACAUAAUUAGGCUGCUGUUAAGUAGAUUUUUUUUGGUUCUAGUCUGAGUGAGUGAGUUCAGUGGGGCUGUUUCUGGAGCCACGGCUAGUCAUGCUGCGGUGGAUUCUCGGAGGUCGGGAAGCGCAGAGCUCAGUGGAGAAAAGCCCCGUGUUGUGCAUUGGAGAGGAACAGCCCAAAAACUGCUUCACUGAGCUGCAGGUGCUGAAAGGACAUUUUGACAUCGUUCGAUUUCUGGUGCAGAUUGAUGACUUCAGGUUUGCUUCAGCAGGGGAUGACGGCCUUGUUUUGGUGUGGAACAUUGAGACUGGAGAGAGGCUCCAGGAGCUGAGAGGCCACUCCCAGCAGAUCACAGCCAUCACCACCUUCACCUGCAGUAAUGGGUUCACAUCGCUCAUCACCGCCUCCUCAGACCGAAGUCUCAGUUUGUGGGAUCCUGAUACAGGAAACAGAGUGCAGACCAUCUCAGAUCUUCAGUCUUCUGUAAAGUGUUUGCUGGUGCUGGAGCGACUGUCUGUAUGGGUCUCCGGCGGGGAAGAGCUGUGCGUCUGGGACAAAGACUUCCAGCUGCUGUGUCACAGACAAAAGUACAGCGACACUGGAAUAACUGCUCUCAUAGAGCUACCGGAGAACCUCAUCGCAGCUGCUGUGGAUAAAGAGAUAGUGAUCUACAAAUUGGUGGUCUCACCUGAUUCAUCCGUAUCAGUGACUGAUGUCCGCCAUUGCUCUGAGCACCAUGACCAGAUCCGAGCUCUGAUUAACAUCAACGAUGGGAUUUUUGCCAGCGGUUCCCAUGCAGGCGAGUUGAUCUUGUGGGAUUCGACUAAUUUUCAAAAUCUGGCCUAUGAGCACAUCCUGUGGGAGGAGUCGCACCCCAGCAGCCAGACUGAAACAAGGCUGGCUGCUCCCAAACCCAGCGAGAUGUCCAUCCAGCACCUGACCACCAAUGGGAGGCUCAUCCUGGCAGCCGUGGGCAGCGGGCUCUAUGUGUACGACGUUGUGACCAAAGCCGUGGUGGCCUACAGGAAGGCUGCACAUGACUCCGAUGUGCUGCACAUCAUGCUGAUGUCUGACAAUGAGCUGAUGUCGUGCUCUGAAGAUGGCAGCGUGAGGAUGUGGGAGAUCCAAGAUUUGCCUUUGGCUGCUGAACCAGCAUCUGCAGGGUUUUUUGGGAUGUUGACUUUUGGACGGUCAAGCAAACAGUCUGGUCCACAGUCAAAGAAGGUUCUGGAAAUUCCCAACCUGAGGACACUGGAGCUGACUGGAGAUCUGAUUGGACACUCGGGAGCAGUCCAGAUGUUUCUGAGCUUUAAGGAGAAAGGCUUGGUGACGUGCUCAACGGACCACUUGCUGAUUCUGUGGAAGGACGGGGAGAGACAGUCCCGUCUGCGCAGCCAGUUGCUGUUCCAGAAACUGGAGGAGAAUGGAAGACUUUGAUUUUUCACCCUGAAGCCACGGCUUUUUUUCAGGAGAGGAGGAAGAUUAUUGUUGCUCACAUAUCAUAAGACUGUAGUCUACAGAUUGCUUUUUUCAUUCAUUUGUCAACUAGUUAUUUUUCUCCUUUUGAUUGAAGAAAGCUUAAACAAAAAUGGAGUAAAAAACUCUUCAGAAACAGAAAAGCUUUUUCUUUCCAUCAGUGUUUUAGAUCCAUUAAGCUGCUGCUGAAUCCUAUUUGGGGAAAGAAAAAUCCCUGCUGUGAUUUUUACAGGAAAUGAUUGCUAAUUUUCACAUGCUGUUCUUUUUUCAUCUCAAGCCCAGUGUUAUGUUGCAAAAUUCCAGCCACUUAAAUUCAUUAAUCAUUUUACAGCUUCCACGGGUACGGGGGAUGGUGGCAGCAGUCAGAAAUCUCCUCCUAAGUGGUUCUGAGGUUUUAAUUAAAUGCAGCAGCCAGUGCGCCUACAUGUUCACAUAUUAAAUGUAGUGCACUGUAAAUGUGAUUUUGCACAUCUGUUUAUAUGUUCAUGAAAUAAAUCAUAUUUCUCAAAAUGA